AUGGCCAAUCGCGGAAAGACUCUCGAUGAGAAGGUCUUUAGUAUCAAAGACCUGAAGGAAGAAGCCUCCAAGAAGCUUCCUCGGGCUUACAAAGAAUUCUUCAAUGAAGGUGCUAUGGACAUGAUUACAGUCCAGGACAAUGAGGACGCCUAUAACCGCUACAAGAUUAGGCCUCGGGUCCUCAGAGAUGUGUCCAACAUUGACACAUCUACCACCAUCUUCGGCGUGAAGGUGGCGCUGCCUUUUGGGUUCUCGCCUGCAGCAACUCACAAGUUGGCGCAUCCGGAGGGCGAGGUAGCCACGUCCCGAGCUGCCGCUGCGGCUGGCAUCCCGAUGGCACUCUCUGCAUAUGCCACUUGUUCUCUCGAAGAUGUCAUCGCGCAAGGCCAGGGGAACCCCUACAUCAUGCAAUUUAGUAUCUUGAAGAAUCGAGACAUCACUAGGCAGAUCCUCCAGCGGGCGGAGCAGGCAGGAUACAAGACCGUCAUGAUGACGGUGGACGCGCCGAUGCUUGGUCGUCGCUUGAACGAGUACAGAAAUGCCUUUGGUCUGCCCGAAGGGAUGGGGUAUCCCAACAUUGCCCCAGGCAUGGACAUGAGAAACCUCGUCGAUCAAGGUCUUGACUUGACAUAUGAGGACGGCAUGAAUUGGGAGCAGGCCCUGAGCUGGAUACGGGAGAACACCAAGCUGGAUGUAUGGCUCAAAGGAGGUAACACAGCCACUGGUUAA